CUCACAGGAGCGUAUUUUGCAUUCCUGGAGGUUCUUCUGAAUAGCCAUGUCACUUUUGUUUUGAAUCUGGAUACAAGCACUUUUAGGUAUAUUGUAGGAUCUCUUGAAUCAGGCCUCAGAGGACUGGAUGCAAAUAUCAUAUCACAGUGUGCAUCUGCAGUUGAUAAUUUGGCUACUUAUUAUUUCAAUCACAUAACGGUUGGAGAGUCCCCCACUACACCAGCUGCUCUUAAUCUUGCUCGGCAUGUUGCAGAUUGCCCUGGUGUGUUUCCUGAAAUAUUGAAAACCCUCUUUGAGAUUGUCCUAUUUGAGGACUGUGGCAACCAGUGGAGCCUUAGCAGACCAAUGUUGAGCUUGAUACUUAUAAGUGAAGAGAUGUUCACAAAUUUGAAAGCACAGAUUUUGGCUUCACAACCAGUGGAUCAACAACAGCGUCUUUCAUUGUGCUUUGACCAACUUAUGGCAGACAUCUCUCGAAGCUUGGAAACGAAGAACAGGGACAAAUUCACCCAGAACCUGACCAGAUUCAGGAAUGACUUCCGUACUAGAUAAUAUUCAACUCUGCUCACUGCAUUCAAGUACUUUAAAAAUAAUAUUAAAAAAAAAACCUAUGUAUAUAACACCUUCCCCCUACCCCUACCUAUCCAACCAAAAGAGAAGAGAAGGAACGAGUAGAAAAUUCUGUAUUGCAAAGGUUUAUUUUGAGAAUUGAGUUGUCUGCUCACGUGGGGGUUUUAACAUGAAGUUUUGGGGAUGUUUUGAUAUAUUUUUACAUGACAGUCGUUGGGGUAGGAAGAUAGAAAUUGGUUGUGGAAUGGUUUUCCAUUUCAAAUGAUUGUAGUUUUUGCUGCAUAUGUUAUGCUUGACAUGAUCGAUCUUUUUCAGAAGAAACAACGAAAAAAAUUGUAAAUGAGAUGCCAUAGUUUUUGGUUGCAGAGUUGAAA